UUCGGACACCAGGACUCUAUCCAAGCCAUCGACAGCUACAUCAGGGAUCGGGCCAUCACUGUAGGCGCCAGAGACGCCUCGGCCCGCAUCUGGAAGAUACCUGAAGAGUCGCAACUCGUUUUCCAUGGCUCACAGCACUCCAUAGAUUGCGUUAAACUCAUCGAUGAACAGCAUUUCGUUACCGCCGAUGACAAUGGUUCAAUAAGUCUUUGGGCAGUACUCAAGAAGAAGCCGUUGACCACAUAUCCGGUCGCCCAUGGAUUGGGUACUUCAGCCCCCAAUUGGGUGACAGCGCUGGCAGUCAUGAGGAAUACAGAUCUUAUAGCAUCAGGAUCAUCUGAUGGUACGAUCCGUUUGUGGAAGUGUUCGCAGGAUUUCCGAAAAUUAGAGCCAAUUGUGAACAUUCCAGUCGUUGGUUUUGUAAAUAGUUUAGAGUUUAGUCCGAAUGGAAAGUUCAUAAUCGCAGGCAUUGGCAAAGAGCACCGGUUG